UGUAGCGAGGAAAUACUUCACUUACAACUUACUCUCCAGCCCAGAAGGCGGCGGCUAGGUCCGUGUGCCAACCGCCAAUAAACCUCCAAGAAAAAGAAGUAGAAGAAGAAGAAGUGGCUAGUGGGCUAGCCUCGCUGCAGGCUUUAUUUAGGGAAAUAUGGCUACUGUGCUCCCCGUCAGACCGCCCUGCGACAGCAAUCCCGCUACUCCUGGAGCACAAUCCAUCAAGGAGGAUACAAUUGAAGAGGAGUCCAAUGAUGGCAGCCACGUUCCCAAAAGAAGGAGAAUGUGUUCAGGAGACAGCUCUCGAAGCUGUGACACCUCCAGUCAAGACCUUGGCCCAACCUAUUUCCCAGCAGAGAACCUGACAGAGUACAAGUGGCCUCCAGAUGACACAGGAGAGUAUUACAUGCUGCAGGAGCAGGUCAGCGAGUAUCUGGGAGUCACAUCCUUCAAGAGGAAGUACCCCGAUAUGGAGAGAAGAGACUUGUCUCACAAAGAGAAGCUUCACCUGCGUGAACAGAAUGUCAUUACAGAAACACAGUGCACUCUGGGUCUGACAGCUCUGCGGAGUGACGAGGUGAUAGAUCUGAUGAUAAAAGAGUAUCCCAUCAAACACUCAGAGUAUUCGGUCAUACUGCAGGAGAGGGAGCGGCAGAGAAUAGCUAAAGAGUACUCUCAAAUGCAGCAGCAGCAGAACCCUCAGAAGGUGGAGGCCAGCAAGGUCCCUGAGUACAUUAAGAAGGCAGCUAAAAAAGCUGCGGAGUUCAAUAGUAACUUCAACAGGGAGCGUAUGGAAGAGAGGAGAGCUUACUUUGACCUUCAGACACAUAUUAUCCAGGUGCCCCAGGGCAGGUUCAAGGUGCUGGCUCCAGAGCUGACAAAGACGGGGCCUUACCCAGUGGCUCUCAUACCAGGGCAGUUCCAAGACUACUACAAAAGGUACUCUCCCAAUGAGCUGCGAUACUUGCCAUUAAACACAGCUCUGUUUGAGCCUCCGCUGGAUCCAGAGCUCCCUGCGCUGGACUCUGAACCCGACUCAGAUGAUCCCGAGGAUGGCAAGGGUGACACAAAGAUCAAGAACUCUUCUGACAGUUCUUCAGGCAACACGUCAGACGUGGAGAGCCAAGAGGGAGCAGGGAAACUGGGCCCCAAGUCCAAAGCCAAAGACAGGACGUCCACGCCGGGAAAAGACAGCAGCCAGCGCCAUUCUGCCUCCCACAAAACCAUCCCAGGGUACAAGCCUAAGGUCAUUCCCAAUGCUAUAUGUGGCAUUUGCCAGAAGGGCAAAGAGGCCAACAAGAGGGGCAAGCCAGAGGCCCUCAUUCACUGCUCCCAAUGUGAUAACAGCGGCCACCCGUCCUGCUUGGACAUGAGCAAGGAGCUGGUGGGUGUGAUCCAGACAUACCGAUGGCAGUGUAUGGAGUGUAAGACGUGCAUCGUGUGUCAGCAGCCCCACCAUGAGGACGAGAUGAUGUUCUGUGACAAAUGUGACCGAGGGUACCACACGUUCUGUGUGGGCAUGGAUUCCAUACCUACUGGACUUUGGGUAUGUGAGGUUUGCGACAAAGAUUUCACCACACCCAAGAAGAAAGGAGGAGCGAAAACACCCAAAAAGUCAAAAUCGGCUCAAAAAUGAUCAACACCCUAAAUAACCACGAUUCCUUGACCACAUUCAACACAAAUACACAUUAUUGCAUUUGUUCAAUCAUCUGCAGAAGCUAUACAUUUAAAAUAACAUAAAAAAUAAACAAAAGCGUAUCCCUCCUACCAAAUACCAACAAUUCAAACACAAGAUCUUAACCUGCUGCUAGUCUUUAUUGAGUGACAGGUCUGUAAAUACACAGGUUAACACUAGUAAAGAAGUGUAUUGAGCUUUUCUCUGAGCGCUCGGAUGACAUCAGCAAGGCAGGCCUAUCAUUUGAAUCACAAUCAGUUAAACACCGAAUUUACUUGCCAUCUCCAAAUCAAACUUUGAAUAUUGUAUGCGAUACCUCAAAUGUACAUGCUCAACAUAAUCCAGAUUAUACAGUAACUGUAGCAGAGCAACCCUUGUUUUGUAAUGGUAGACAUUGACAUCAUACAUAAAUAAUGUUAACACUGUAAGUCAAAUCCAUGCUGCAUCAACUCCUGUGAUCUGCUCACCACUAACGGCGCCAGUGCAUUCCUACUUUAUUAAACUGAUAUUGUAGUUUCUGUCUCAACAUUUCUACAGUGGGACAUUUUUUUCAGUUAAACAAAUGGUGCUUUUGAUCCGGUACUACUGAAACAAACUCACUGAUGUAAAUCGUUUACUUUACAUAGAAAACUGUUUGCAUGGCUUUGUAUCUUUGGUACUUUAAAUGAACGUUUAUUUAACGAGGCAGGCCAGUAAAGAGCAACCUUAUUUAAAUUAAGUCUUAAAUGAUGACAUGGUGCUUGUGAUUUAGUGUAAUGAAAUGUAACAGACACUGGCUAGUGGACCUCAUGCCUGCAGCAGGUAUUUAUUUUCCAGUCUUGAUUACUGAAUGAUAGUGUCUCCCCUAUUGAUUUUGUCAAACCUCCACUAUUCAUCAUUGUACAAAAACGUAACCACUCACAGUAAUGACAUUGAAAUUCAACAUCCACAGUAAUGAUUAGAUAACUGGUAUGUUUGCAGUCAGCUUGAAAGUUUAAAAAAUAUAUAUUAUUUUGUAUUGUCCCUUAGUAAGGAGUUUUUUUUAAGACAUAUUUGUUCGUAAUAAUGUCAUAGUCACUGAAUUGUGUGUUUCCAUUUUUUAUUUGUUUUCUUCUAAUAAAAGCUAAUUGGAAAAUA